UGUUCGCUGUUCAUGUUCAAUUUAACUUUCAUUCUUUUGUUUGAAAACCUAAUUCAACGGCUUUUUGAUAAUAUAAAAGGAGUAUAUAUUUAAAUACACAAGUAAUGGAUAUUAACUUUAUUCGUCUUUGCAGUCCUGAUAUUACGCGUGAUAAAGAAAAUAUUGAUAUCAACAGAGAUGCAGCCGAAACCCCGGACUGUACUCCAGCAAAACUUCGUUUAGGAAAAUUUGGUGAUGUUUACUCACCUGAACAUCUUAAUUUGACACCUAAAAAUAAACAAAAACUUGCCUUUGAUCUAAGGAAUGAAGGCUCUGGUUUGUAUACACCUGAAAAAUAUACAGCAAUACCAAAUGACUAUAAAUGCAGGACAGUUAAAGCUGAGCCCCACUUCCGUCAUGGACUUGGUAACUGCUCAUUCGAAGGCAACCAGAGCUUCCCACGCUUGAAUCGCAGGGUUCGACCUAUAAAAAUGGAACUGGAAACACCAACAAAGGUCAAACCUCCUACUGACUUUGUAAGAGUUGAUGGGCCGAAUGGUCUCCGUUUCAACACUUCCAUAGCAGGAUGUGACAGGGCAGGGUCACCAGCUCAGUCACAGACAGAGCGCUUGCAACAGACCAUCAACCCAAGCAAAGCUGUUUUUACUAUUGAACCAAACACCUUAAAAAUACUGAUAGUGAAUAACAAGGCAUGUUCCUUGCUAGGCUAUUCCUCUAGUGAGCUGUGUGAUCUUCGACUAUCUGAUCUGUUGCACCAACGAAGUAGCCGUGCUUUCAACUUUAAUGAAGCGGAAGACGUAGAUAGCUCUGAAGAUCGGCCAGUAGUAUUGCUCAGUGGCAAGGUAGUGGAACUUCUAACCAAAGAAGGCAGUUCAGUGCAAGUCUCACUGUGGAUAAGACAAUUAGACAGCGAGGGGCCCUGUCUGGUUGUAGCAGAACCGGUCAAUUGCAGAAAAGUUAAGAUGAUAGUGGAGGCGGAGUCGGGCGCGGUGGUGUGGUGCGGCGGGGAGGGCGGGGAGGGCGGGGCGGGCGGGCACGCGGCGGUGCUGUUCCAGGCGGAGUCGGCGGAGCAGCUGCGGGGCGUGCCGCUGCCGCGCCUCGUGCCCUCCGUGCGCCUGCGCGCCGCCGCCCGCGCCGCGCAGGCGCACGCCGUCUACAAGCAGAAGGCCACAGGUAGAACUUUGGACGGCGCGUCUUUUCCGCUCUGUUUGUGGAUAUCGAAAGCGGACUGUUCCGAGGAUUCGACGUUGACGUCGGCCAAAUAUAAAGAUAAAUUGUUACUGGAGGUCAACAUAAGGGUGACGUACAACGUGAGCGGGCUGCUGGUGGUGGACGAGGCGGGCGUGGUGACCGCGUGCAACCACCACUUCGCCAUGCUGACGUUCGGCAAGCCGCACGCGCACGUGGUGGGGCAGCCGCUGCUGCGCCUGCUGCCCGCCUUCUGCCGGCCCGCCGACCGCCUGCCGCGCGCCCGCCGGCCGGCCCGCCGCGCCCGCCGCGCCGCCACGCCCUCGCCAGGUUCGGACACGGACGACGACUCGUGCGGCGCAUUCAACGGCAGCCAGAAAUCCGCCUGCCUCUCGCUGAACGUGAACCCGUCCUUCCUCUCCGCCACCAGGGAGAAGUCCUCGAGCGCCCUCUGCCUGGACAAGUCGGACGGGCUCGUCACCCACACGCCCACGCCCACCCAGGACAUGGUCUCCAGCAUCAGCACCACCGAGCGGCGGCACGACCUGUCCGCCCUGCCCGACCUCACCUCGGGCAUGUCCGGCAUCUCCAUAGACGACGACAACUACUGCCCGAGCCUGUCCAAGUCCCGCUCCGAGAACAUCCUCAGGUCGGAGCGGACCGACCCGCCGCGGACCAAACCCUCGGAGAGGUCGGACUCCAUAUACUACACGUCGCAGCACUCGCAGGAGGUCACCCCCACCGGCGCGGCGCCGAGGGUCCGAAUAGACGAUCCGUCCCCGAGACUGUCCUUCGACUCCAGCAAGUUCAGAUCCUCCCGGGGUCCCCUUCCCGGGGCGGCGGCGGGGAGGGACGACCGGAGCAGUCUGUCGCUGGAUCUGUGCGAUUCGAACGAGACGAGCGCGGACUUCCUGACGCCCAUCAACGAGAUGCCGCCGCCCGGCUGCGAGCUGGAGGACCUGCCCGCGGCCCCCGGCAACCGGGCCCUCGACCCCGCACACGACCACGACCUGGACGCUCGCCCCGAAUCCACGCCCAGGAAGAAGGACGGAGACGAGCCGGAUACUCCGUGCGUGGCGAAGCGCCUCCUGCGCUCCCAGGUGAACACGUCCACGCCGCGACCGAGACGCGACUGCGACUGCGAUUGCGACUGCGACACCGACUGCGCGCGGGACUGCCGCGACUGCCCCCAGCACGACGGCACAUAUCGCGGGACUCUCCUGCACGAGGACGGCACGGAGCUCAACGUAAUCUACACGGUGUCGACGAUGGUGCUGAGUACUGGCGCGCGCGUGCGCUGCGUGUGGCUCGGCGUGCAACUGGAGGAUACUAUGCGCCACACCACCCUCGCCUCCAGCCAGGCCUCCACCGGGGAUGACUCCCUGGCACCGGUCAGUACACUACACUACACUACACUAUGCGCCACACCACCCUCGCCUCCAGCCAGGCCUCCACCGGGGACGACUCCCUGGCACCGGUCAGUACACUACACUACACUACACUAUGCGCCACACCACCCUCGCCUCCAGCCAGGCCUCCACCGGGGACGACUCCCUGGCACCGGUCAGUACACUACACUACACUACACUAUGCGCCACACCACCCUCGCCUCCAGCCAGGCCUCCACCGGGGACGACUCCCUGGCACCGGUCAGUACACUACACUACACUACACUAUGCGCCACACCACCCUCGCCUCCAGCCAGGCCUCCACCGGGGACGACUCCCUGGCACCGGUCAGUACACUACACUACACUACACUACACUAUGCGCCACACCACCCUCGCCUCCAGCCAGGCCUCCACCGGGGAUGACUCCCUGGCACCGGUCAGUACACUACACUACACUACACUAUGCGCCACACCACCCUCGCCUCCAGCCAGGCCUCCACCGGGGACGACUCCCUGGCACCGGUCAGUACACUACACUACACUACACUAUGCGCCACACCACCCUCGCCUCCAGCCAGGCCUCCACCGGGGACGACUCCCUGGCACCGGUCAGUACACUACACUACACUAUGCGCCACACCACGCUCGCCUCCAGCCAGGCCUCCACCGGGGACGACUCCCUGGCACCGGCCAACAACAAGUCUGCCAGCAGCCGGCCGCACUCCAUGUCGCUGGCGAGCCAGUGCGGCGACGAGCAGGUGGCCGGCGAGUACAGCAAGCACUACGUCACGCUCAAGCAAAUCGGCAAGGGCGCGUACGGCUGCGUGAAGAUGGCGUACCGGCGCUCGGACCGGCUGCUGGCGGUGGCCAAGUUCAUCCUGAAGGAGAAGGUGGGCGCCCAGUUCUGGGUGGACGCCCCCGACGGCCGCCGCGUGCCGCUCGAGCUCAGCCUGCUGCUCACGCUGCACCAUCCCAACAUUGUUAGUCGCCUUCCCUUGUUGCCUCACUUAACAGUUUAUUGCAUUUUAUCUGAACUCCAACUCGGAUGUAAUAAUAAAAAUAAUUAACAAAAUAACCAACUGCGUGAGUUGUCAACUCCAUUUUAAUUUUACGGAAAAACGGCCAUUCACUUUGAAAACAACAUUGACAUAUUUUAAGUAAUAUUUUAUUGAUAUUAUUUGUGAUUGUGUUAAAAUAUUCUCUUGGAUAUUUUUGAA